AUGGAAGAAGAGAUCACAGGCUGCCUGAUGGUCCUUGGGAAAGAUCCUCUUGGUGUCCAGGGGGCGCUGCGCGCAGUGAGGACCGGGACCGGAGCAGAACCGAGCACACGGAGCCACCUCAGGACCCUGCGCAGAACCGGUGAAGCCGAGCGACUCGAACCCAGGGGAACCGGGCCGAGAGCGAACCCGGACACAGCCGGAGCGCUGGGAGAACCUGGGGAGGGGCUUCCUGACGGCAGAGUGCCCCGGCGAGCACCGGGGGAUGCUCGGCAGCGGUACUGGCAGCCCGGCCCGGGCAGCACCGCCCGGGACAGCGACCCGACGGGAGGUGUGGCUGGGCCGGGCUGGGGAGCUGCCUGCAGCCCGGGCAGGGCGGGGGAAAGUACCGGUACCGCCCCGUUGGGCCGCUCCGGAGCCGCCCCCGCCGGACCCCCUCUCCCCGGGGUCUUACCCAGCGCUGCGGGCCGGUGCGGUGCGGAGGUCUCUGGGGCAGCCCCCGCUCCGUGUCCUCAGCAACCGCUGGCACCCGUGCAGGAACCGGCACCACCGCCCGGUCCCGCUGGAGAGACAAAACCAAACGAGGAGCCCAAAGGGUCACGAUCCGCUGCUGAGCGCUCAGCGCAGGCCGUGUUCUGGGCCGGGCUGGGCCGGGUGGUUGUUGACUCGGGCUCCAUCUGGCCCGGAGACCCGCACGGUCCCUCGAGGGGACACGUCCCAGCCCCGCGGGCUGUAGAGCUGCGGGACUGCCCAGCUCUACGAACCCGAGGGGUGUCCGGGGAGGCACUGAGGAGGAAGGGAGCCCCUUGGAUUCUACAGACCAGUGAUCAAUCCCGUGUGAAUGACAAAUCAGGUGUCACAGGUUCACCUGAAAGACUGGUCAGCAGUUACCAGUACCAUCUGACCAUCCAGAGAACCAGCCAGAAGGACAGAGGUUUUGGAAGGGGCUACCAGCUGCAUGCCCUGCACUCCAACAGACCCCAGAGCCCUGCUGGAGGGGACACCAGGGAGGGUUUGGAGAAAGGGUCAUCUCCUAUUUGCCAGUGAUCAAAAUACUCCAGCAGGAACAGUCAAGAUGAAUACUUGCUUUUUCCAGCUUCUCUCCUAAGAGAACUGCUUCCCAGAAUACGUGCCCACCCUUGGUUGUAGCAGGCCAGAGCUCAUGCAUGUCACAGAAGUAAGGGGGUCAGCACUGUUAUGAUUCCCAAACAGUCAUAAAAGCAAAGCAACUGGAAACCAGGGCAGGAGAAGCUUCUCUCCAGUACCUCGAUAAAAAACUGCUGAAGGAAUUUGGCACCUCAAGCAAAAAAUUAUUUUUAAAAUGAGAAGUAGUUUGACUACUGAACUUCUGCAGCAGAAGAGGGAGAAGCCAAACCCUGGCAGUCCAGCUCACCUCUGCCUCUGCUGCUUCCUUAACCCUCGGUUGGAAGAACAUCUUGUAGCCCCAGGAAACUUGGUCAGGAAGCCAGGGAGUGACCUCUUGCUCAGUAUGGUGGCCUCUAGAUUAAAUCAUGGAAUCUUUGCAAUCUUUGCAGGAUAAAAAUUUAUCUCCACUAAGUUCCCUAUAGACCAGCAAAAUAAAAC